CGUUAGAUAAGACUUACGUAUAUAAGGUCCCUAUAUUUCCGAAUAAUUAUUAAUUCUCUAAAAACAAACCUCAACGAUGGUUCUUCGUGUAAUUUCGUUUCUUCUGUCUCUAGGUUGUUCGACUUUGGGAUUAACUGAAGCUCCCGUCGGUCCUGAAACUGACUUUCUACAGGAAAUGCUUAUAAAUCAGAUGAUUUCUGCAAAUCCAGAACAACCCGAAAUAGCUGAUCGAACUGGUUUAUUAAGUUUUCUCGAUCCUAAGCUAAUGCCGCACGACGUCAUUUUUCAUCUAUAUACGAGGAACAAUCCUGUCGCGAGUUACAUCUUGAAGACUGGUGAUAUCGCGAAUUUGAAGAAUUCGAAAUUUGAUGGUAAUUUAUCUACAAAAGUCAUUAUCCAUGGCUGGACUAAUAGUGGCAAAAGUUAUUGGUAUAAUCAUUUUCGACAUAAUUAUUUAACCGUUGGCAAUUACAACGUUAUUGGAGUUGAUUGGUUUGCUGGUUCCGCUAAAGGGUAUUUGACAUCUGUAGUAAUUACCCGUAAAGUUGGCGAGUAUAUUGCUGAUUUUCUUCGCUUUCUGGGAUUAAAUACGCACCUGAAUUUGGACAAUGUACAUUUAUUGGGUCACAGUCUAGGAUCUCAUGUUGCGGGAUUUGCUGGCGCCUUUUUGGAAGGUCGUAUCGGAAGGAUAACAGGAUUGGAUCCAGCUGGACCAACCUUUGAGAUUCCUUUCCUCAAAGAUCCCAAGGAUCGAUUGGAUUUCACCGACGCAAAAUUCGUCGAUAUUAUUCACACUUGUGGCGGUACAGCCGGUUUUCUACAACCCAUCGGCCAUAUUGACUUUUAUCCUAAUGGCGGAGUUUUCAGACAACCAGGAUGCUCUGUUCUUUUACCCCAAUACUGCAGUCAUGCGAGAGCCUACGAAUUUUUUGCAGAAUCAAUUAUUUGUCCAGCAAAUUUCGUAUCUGUGAAAUGUAACAGCUGGAUGGAUUACAAGAUGGGAAGAUGUCCACGAGGCCAAGUGACACUACUGGGUGAAAAAGUUAAUAAAGAUGCUCGAGGUAAAUUUUAUUUGGAAACUAAUGCAGCAUCGCCAUUCGGCAAAGGUUUAUUUGAGAAACAUAUUAAUAAGAUUUUACACACGUGACACCGAUAAAAUAUAUUUUCUUUUUUUUUCUUU